AUGCUAGCGCACCCAGAGUGUGACGCAAAAUUAGCGCUGGUCAGCGAUGCAUCAGAUAAAGCGAUUGGCGCAACCUUGCAGCAGCUAAAAGGUAAGGACUGGCAACCUUUGACAUUCUUUUCUCAGAAGCUCAGCUCAGCACAGCAGAAAUACUCAGCCUAUGACCGAGAAUUGCUCGCUAUUUACAAAAGCAUCAAAUACUUUCGGCAUAUGAUUGAGGCUAGGGAUUUCGUGAUCUACUCGGAUCACAAGCCCCUAACUCAUGCAUUCCUAACGAGGAAAGAAAACUGCUCACCGAGACAGUUUCGACACUUAGAUUUUAUCUCGCAAUUCAGUACCGAUAUAUGGCACAUUGCAGGAAAAAAUAAUGUGGUCGCCGAUACCUUGUCACGAGUCGAGGAAAUCGCACAACCCAUAAGUCUCGAAAAGUUAGCCCAAUGUCAGCAAGCUGAUUGCGAAUUAAAACUAUUGCUGGAAUCCAAGAAUUCCCUCCAACUGCGAAAAGUACGAGUACCCGGCUCAGACGUGGAGAUAUACUGUGACGACGAUGGCAACACCUUGAGACCAUUCGUCUCGAAGAGUUUGCGUCAACUGGUUUUUGAAAACUUGCACUCACUAAGCCACCCAGGCGGUAGUGCCACAGCAAAACUCGUUGCCGAAAGGUACGUUUGGCCUGGAGUGCGCAAAGAUUGCCGAGAGUAA